UCCAAGGACAUACGAUACAUUGGUAAUUCAAAUAGUCCAGUCCUGUAUGAGCAUAAUAGACGUGUGUCGAAUAAAAAUAUGUAACCAACAGCGUAAGGGCUCAACUACAGCUCGAAUGUGGGUUUAUUUCUGGAGUUUGUGCUUGACUUCGCGCUAAAUCCAGCUCGUUGUUUUUGUUUCAAUCUAGGCUAUGUAGGAGUCACAAGUCUAAAUAAAACAUGGACGUCUUUCGUCUAUCUCUUGAUAUCAUAAUGCACCUCUUUUAUUUGACACUCCCACUCUUUCGUACAGAUGCCACAUACGGUGCGUGUAGAUCCCGCUGGUAUUCCCCAGUUGGUAGAAGAAAGCCAGAGAGCGCCGUUACCGCCAGGGGAUUGGAGCAAUGACUUGUCAGUAAAGUCACCCACCCUCCGAGCACCUCAGACAGAGUUGGAAGUGUUUGAGACGCACAACAAGGCUGCGAGACGCCGAGGAGGCUGCUUUAACCCGUCCGGACGGAACGUCACCUGAAGAGCCAGGAAAGACUCCAGCCAUUCAUCCUAAGUUCCCAGCUAUGGAGGAGGAGAUGCUGUCGGCAGACGAGGGGCUCUCCGCGGCCAAAAUCUACAGGCAGCAGCGGAGCCCGUACGGCGCUCUCAAGACCUUCGCGAGCAAGCGGACGGCGGCCAAGGCGAGGCAUGACAGACCCACAAUGGUGGAUAUCCCGCAGCUAGGAGACGACGGAGGGCAACAGCACUCGCAUCAGCUCAGUCCCGAUCCGCCGUACUCGCAUCAGCACCAGCAGCUCCAGCAAGUCUCGCUGACGAUCAGCAGCAGUGAGCAGCAGCAGCACCGGCUGCCGCUGCACCGCUUCCCGUGCGAAAUCAGGCCCAGCAGCAGAGUCGCGACUUCCACCUCGGCGCCAACGGGGAGCGCAGUGGCGGCGGCGUUGUUUGGCAGCCAGAGGAGGGCCAGGUACCCCACGGGCCGCGCCGAGCUCGGCCACGAGUCUCCAGACUGUAGCUACGGAAUCAGUUCAGAAAACCGGCUGAUUCUGGACGCGUUUGCGCAGCAGUGCAGCCGCGUGCUCAGCCUCCUCAACAACAACGGCGGCCUGCUCGGGGCUCAGCGGGCCCACAGCCCACCGCCCUGCUCCGUCACCUCCGCCAUCAAGCAGGAGGCCGAGCCCGAGCGCCUGGGACCCAAGCCCCAUGCCGAGGAGCCGUCGGCGUGCGGCCUGGAGGAUGUCCCCCGGCGCGGUUCGUCGUGGAGCCAACAGCAGACCUCUGCCCUGCUGCAGGUCUUCACCGAGUCGCUGCAGAGCUACCUGCUGGCGGGGGCACAGCCCUCGGAGGGGCCGCGUAGCCGGCAGCCCGAGCCGGAGUCCGCCGCGUCCGCGUCCCCUGCGCACAACCUGGGCGGUUGGGCCUCGCCGGCGCCGUCCGAGUCGUACGGACACCCUUCCUCCACGCUGCCUGAGGACGAGGAGGAGGAGGAAGGCUGCUGUCCACGCUGCAUAGAGCUGGAGCAGGAGGUCCUGAGCCUUCAGCAGGAGAACGAGGAGCUCAGACACAAGUUGGAAAGUGCCCCCGCGCCAUGUCAAACAGUGCUGGACUUCUUUAAGGCCAUCCUACAGCACUACAACCAGUUCAUGCCACCUCCCACGGAAGAGCAGCUCACCGAGCAGGGCAGUAAGCAGCUGUUGGGGAACUACCCUCUCUUCAUUACCAACAAGCAGUGGGACGAGGCAGUGAACUCGUCCAAGAAGGACGGCCGGCGUCUGCUUCGUUACCUCAUCCGCUACGUCUUCACCACGGACGAGCUCAAGUACUCGUGCGGCCUGGGCAAGAGGAAGCGAUCGGCCCACAUGGGCGAGGCCGGCCCCGAGAGGCGGCCGCUCAACCCCGUCAAAGUGUCCUGCCUCCGAGAGUUCAUCCGGAUGCACUGUGCGUCGAAUCCGGACUGGUGGAUGCCGUCCGAGGAGCAGAUCAACAAGGUGUUUAGCGACGCGGUGGGGCAUGCGCGGCAGGGCCGGGCCGUCGGCACCUUCCUGGCCGGCGGGGGCGGCGCCAGCAACAGCAGCAGCGGCAGCAGCCUGUACCUGGACGGCUACGACGGACAGCUCUCCCAGGACGAGCUCUACCUGAAGGGCCCACAGAACGGCCUGGCAGACUAAGCCUCGGCGUGGAGGAGCGGAGCUUGCUGCAGUACACUCACCUCACUGUAGCCACGUCGACCUGAAAGUCAUGCUCGUGUUCACGCUUCUUGUUGAACUCACAAUGUCACCUUGGGCUGAGGAGUCAAACAAGCAAGCAGAUAAAUAAACUUACUAACUAAAAUAACAAUAAGCAUUCCAGAGACCCCUGGACCCCUGGUUAAGUUUGUGGGGAUCUCUUUCUGUUAAUCAAGCAGUGGCCUUUGUUAUAAACAUGUACCCUCCACUCUGCAGUGUGCACGGAAAUACUCCUGCCUGCUUGCAGUACUUUGGUAGCAUUGUAUAUUCUGUAAAAGCCAAGAGUUUUUAGUUUGUUUGUCCUUUCAGGUCAUGUUUUCAGGGCAUGUGGUUGAAGAUGAUGGACAUUCAUAAAUCAUGAAUCAGAAUCUUUCAUUAUACGACAAUGUAUUUUAGUUAAGUGUGUUGAAAUAAACAUGAAUAUAUUAAUAGUAAAGAUGUGAAUUGUAAAUAGGGAAGUGAGCUUCCUAGUGUCAGAGUCUAUGUUUGUGUAAACAUAUUUAAAAGGUGCUAUUAUAACAUUUCAUUGUAGAAAACGGAUAACAUAUCAAGUUCAAUGUGCCAUCCUUUAUUCUGUUGUCAGAUGUUGUGUUAAAAUCAGCAGACAACUGUCAAUUCUAAAAUGUGUCCAUGUUUGUGAAUAUGGAAGUAAGGAUAUGAUCGUGAUGUGCAUAGUAGUGGUUUUGUAACCCCCAAAUAAAGUGUGAGGGGCAGAUCCAAUACUGUAUAAAGGUUAUACUGAUUAUUACUUGUGUUUGCUGGAAGGCAUGAAAACUGACCGAAACCUACUAAGCCUUUGCGUGGUCUACUGCAAAGCUCUUCAUUCUGACUGUAUAACAAUAUGAGACAGACUUUGUGGGUCACUGUGCAAAGCUUAUCCUUUGCAUAUGGACAGCUUUGAGAUGCCUUAACAGAGACAAACUCCGUCAGAACUUCAGAAUACUGCCUUUUUGUUUAUUUGUUUGGUUUUGUGGUUUUUGUCUUCUUUUGCCAGACUGCUGGAACUUUACCAGUGCAGAAGCUAUGGACUGACUUCUGCUUCUUCUUAAAUAUACCUAUCCAAAAUAGCCAGAUUCAGAUUUGGUCUGUAUCCUCUUUCUGGGAUCUUAGCCAAAUGUAAGAAUGCCACGGGAGAAGGACUGUAUGCCUGUGAUGCUGUGUGGUGUAGCCUGCUUUCUUGUGGUUGUGUAUACCCAUGGUUCUUCUAUAUAACAGAAAUGUGUGGGCACUGUGAAACGAACCAUAAACUGUUCCUUGUCCAUACCGAGUGUUGGUUUUAUCCCCCCCCCCCAAAAAA